AUGUCCCAGACUGGCCCACAAGUGAGCCACCUGCACCAUGAGCCCAUUGGUCUUUGUAUACCUUGCACGAAGCCAGGGUGCAACUGUUGGUUUAAGAAUUGGUUGGGGCACACGCAGCAUAUGAAUGUGAAGCACCCCAUGUUCCUACACCAACCUGGAUCGGCUCAGCCACGCAGGCCUCAUUUGCCAGGUUCUGGGCUGCCUGAUACUACCAAUUUGGGUGAUACUGGUGCUAUGGACUUUGGUGAUGCUGGUGAUGUGAUUUCUGAGGAUCCUGACACGCAUGGUUCAAUGUUCGUGCCCGUGAUUCUUGGAAGUGAUAAAACGACUGUUUCGGUCGCAACAGGACAAAAUGACUACUAUCCUCUCUACGCAUCUAUUGGAAACAUUCAGAACAAUGGUUUCUCGCAAUGCCCAAAAAGCCUGAAGCCUGGCAUGACAACACCUGAGGUUGCGCGUUUUGGGGAUGGGCACUAUCACCACAUCAUCUAUGGACUCGGGCCUUAUAUUGCAGACUAUGAAGAGCAAGUAUUACUUGCAUGCAUAGUUCAAAGGUGGUGUGCUAAGUGUCUUUCGCAUUGCAAGGCCCUUGAUGAGACCACGCUCCUAUGCUCAAGACUUCAUGUGAAUGCGCUCAUCGAGGAGUGCGACUUUGAUACCUUGUGGGCAGAGUAUGGUUUAGUUGCCAUCCUCGUGCCAUUUACAAAUGAUUUCCCCCGUGCCAACAUCCAUGAGUUACUCGCACCUGACCUUCUCCAUCAAAUUAUAAAGGGGUCAUUUAAGGAUCAUUUAGUUGAAUGGGUCAAGAGAUACCUCUUGCAGGAGCACGGAAAGACACAGGCUAACAUCAUUCUAGAUGAUAUUGACCGACAGAUCGCAGUGGUUCCUCCUUUUCCCAGCCUGUGUCGGUUUCCGCAAGGACGCCACUUCAAACAAUGGACUGGCGAUGAUUCAAAGGCCCUCAUGAGGGUGUACCUGCCAGCAAUUGAGGGUUAUGUCCCUGAAGAUGUUGUAGAUUUCUGCACUCGCAGAAUGCUCUCAGAACUGUCAGCAGAUGUACCUGCACAGGCUGAGCUUACCAGUGCAGAAGAGUAUAAUCUAAACCAACAGGAGUCACCCAUUGUGCACCAAACUGUCAGCAUACUUGACAUUGAUGUUAUCGCUGACUCCAAAGAUAUUGACGCACCAACUUCAGUACUCGUACAUGUUCAACUAGCCCGAACAUCUCAUAAUCUCAAUACACUAUGUACAGAAGGGGAAAAGCACACCCAGACCAUUCCUGCACUAGCCGAUGAACUCGCCAUCCCACACUUACCUGACCUUGUUCGAGAUUUCCUUGUUGAGCAACUGUAUCCAGAAACGCACCUUGCGGAGAUCUUUGAAAACAUCAUGGACUGCCCUUGUUAUGAAGGAAGGAUCUGGGUGUUCAAUUCCGCAGUGUCGACAUUCUUUGCACCAAGCGAUUUGAGUGGCAUGGGUGUAGGGAUGGACGGGGGUAAACCCAUGUAUUGGAGGUCCUACCCACACCCCUACCCACAAGGGGUACAUACCCUCCAUGAGGGGUAUGGUACCCCUGAGGGUUAUACCCUUGGUACCCUUGAUAAUAUUCUUCCUCUUUGUUGA